CACCUCCUCAGACCUCGCUUGCAAGCAACCUCCUCCUCCUCGCCGACGAGUCACACCCACCGCAUCACUCCACCCGCACCUGCACACACCCUCUCACCCGAAUCUCGUUCUCUAUAUCAACCUCACCCUACCACCACCAACUCACCCGACACAACUCCCAUAUUCCCCACUUUCCUCCUUCUUUCCUCAAACCAAAACUACCACUCAAGAUGUCUCUCCGAACUUCCACCUCCCGAGCUCUCAAGCAGGCUUUGCAGUCGACCACCCAGAAGAGGUCGUUCUCCCUCGUCGCCAAGGCCGGCGUCGCCGCUGCUGCCAGGCCUCAGGUCGUCAGGCCCGUCAUCAACUCCACCCGAGGAAUCAAGUCGCUCGACUUUGCCGGUACCAAGGAGACCGUCUACGAGCGAGCCGACUGGCCCACUGAGAAGUUGACCGAGUACUUCAAGAAUGACACCCUCGCCAUGAUCGGUUACGGUUCCCAGGGCCACGGCCAGUCCCUCAACGCCCGUGACAACGGCUUGAAGGUCAUCGUCGGUGUCCGAAAGGGCGGUGAAUCCUGGAAGCAGGCCCAGGAGGACGGUUGGGUCGAGGGAGAGACCUUGUUCUCCAUCGAGGAGGCCAUCGGACGAGGAACGAUCAUCAUGAACUUGUUGAGCGAUGCCGCUCAGAGUCAGACUUGGAACGAGAUCAAGCCUUUGAUCACCAAGGACAAGACCUUGUACUUUGCUCACGGAUUCUCGGUCGUCUUCAAGGAGGACACCGGUGUCGUUCCCCCCACCGACGUCGACGUCAUCCUCGUCGCCCCCAAGGGAUCCGGCCGAACCGUCCGAUCCCUCUUCCUCGAGGGACGAGGAAUCAACUCGUCCAUCGCCGUCUUCCAGGACGUUACCGGCAAGGCCAAGGAGAAGGCCGUCGCCCUCGGUAUCGCCGUCGGAUCCGGAUACUGCUACGAGACCACCUUCGAGAAGGAGGUCUACUCCGACCUUUACGGUGAACGAGGAGUCUUGAUGGGAGGUAUCCAGGGAAUGUUCUUGGCUCAGUACCAGGUCCUCAGGGAGAACGGACAUUCGCCGUCCGAGGCUUUCAACGAGACCGUCGAGGAGGCUACCCAGUCCCUCUUCCCCUUGAUCGGCAAGUACGGUAUGGACUACAUGUACAACGCCUGUUCCACCACCGCCCGACGAGGAGCUCUCGACUGGGCCCCCAAGUUCUACGAGGCCAACUUGCCCGUCUUCAAGUCGCUCUACGAGAACGUCAAGAACGGAAACGAGACCCGACGAUCGCUCUCGUUCAACGGACAGAAGGACUACCGUGAAAAGUUCGCCGAGGAGACCGCCGAGAUUGACGCUCAGGAGAUCUGGAGGGCCGGAAAGACCGUCCGAAGGCUCCGACCCGACUACAAGGAGGAGCUCUAAACGGUUCUGCUUUGACCGUCCAGACUCGCCUUGCCUCGCACCAAAAAGGAUGGAAAUGGGUCGGAACUUGUUGACAACGACCCCUCGCCCUCUUCUUCGUGUUUCCCUAGCCGUGUGGUAGUUUUUCUCACUUGUCUUGCUUUUUUCGGGCACAUGACUAUAUAUCUGCAUUACGAUCGUCGAUUCGAAUUUUCACGAAUUGUGUGGAUCCCGGUCUUUGUAAGAGAUUUGCUAAACCUGUCGUUCCGGCUGAGCAUGAACGUACCUGUAGAGGUGUCCUGGCAGUUUCCGUGCCGCAUCUCAUACUUCCCAGCGAUCUGGAGAUGAAUGCAUCGCCCUUGGCA